AGGAUUUUAAUCAAUCUAUCUAUCGAUCUUCACAAAGUUAUAUUCGAAAUAAUUACUACUUUGAAAUAGAGAGAAAAAGCUUCUUUGAAAUAACAAUUCGGAGAUCAUUCCGUAACAAAAAGUCUUUCGUUCCUACCUCGUUUCAAAAAGAGUACGCAGUCACGGAUAGAGCUUCUACGAACCUUACUUACCUCUCUAAGAAGCUUUUACAACAACCAUAAAAAUCAUCCCCUUUUCGAGCAUCGAUAUAAAAAUAUCUUGAACCUAUAGACCUCUUCCAAAUCAAGAGAAAGGACAUCAAGCCAAUCUCAUCAUGUCCUCCCCUAUUGAUGAGAAAUCGACUCUUGUCGGCACAAACGUCCUUACCAUCAAUCGACCUACUCCAUCUCGUACACAAUCCAAUCAAUCCGUCCUCAGCACAAUUCAAGAUGUCGAUUCCACCCACUCCUUAAGUCCAAGCCAAACUCGCUAUGAGAAGAAUAGUCUUUCUCAAGAAACCUCUCCAUUGUCCCCAUUCUACAACCCAAACCCUACACGAUACUCGCUCGAAGCACAGAAGUCCUCAUCGAAGCAAAAUAUCACAUCCUAUGAUACGGAUGUUGAAGCUUGUCUUACACCACAACAAACAACGAAGAGUGGAGGAUUGUUGAUGAAGGCUAAGACGGGCGCGACGCAGGAAUGUACGGUAUGGCCAGGACAACAACAAAUGAAGAGGAAGAAGAAGGCUAUGAAACAAGAUAGAAUGAGUGCAGGUAUCUGCGGUUGCAUGGCCGGUUUCGAUAAAAAAACGAGAGUUUGGAUUAAGGUCUUAAUUGCUUUGGUUGUGAUUGCUCUUGCUGUCGGUGUUGGAGUUGGUGUCUCGAGAGCUGUUGGUGGAGGAGUCUGGAAAAAUUCGCAGAGCACGAAUACUGCUAUUCCCAACUAGGUGGAAUGAAUUGGCGUAGGGGUUGGUGUGCAAGGUAUGUUCCCAUUCUGUUAGAUUAAUGUGAUGCUUCAUACUAAUUGUACCUAGUCGUGAUAUCCGUCCAUUUUGGCCUGUAACACAUCCUCUGCUAAUGGAUCUUCGACCUACCAUACACACAUACCUAACAGAACCUAACUCAACAUUGUCUGGGUCUUUCGAUCAUCGAUUGAGCACCCAAUUUCAUAUCACAUCGCCCUGUACAAACAAUACUUUGAUGUCGGUCGUCAACCACUUCAUCAUUUUUCGGCGUUCGCGGAGCAACUAUCCUCGCGUCUUCUUAUUUCUUUCCUAGCGCAGGGUGAAAUAAGCAUAAAGCAUCAACACUUCUUCAACGUUUCGUUCAUUUCUGUUACGAAAUAUUGCAUUCAACGUAGCUAAAUGAUGAUCAAACGUAUGUGUUUAUGGUGGAAACAUUUUCAUCUUUCUCUCUUUUUUAUCAUCGGUCGUGUCUAAGGUCUCGGAGAGGCCAGAGGGGAGGGUGAUGGAAAAAUUCGCUCGGUUUUUAAUUUCUCUUGCUGUGCAUAGAUAGUGAUGAUGCGCCGAGAUGUGGAUGGUGGUAGUGAUAUGGUGAUGAGCAUGUUCAUACAUACAUACAUAUCAUAUCGUACGUGGAUAGACGAGGAUGAAACCUGUAUUUGGAGUAUGGGAGCGAAAUGAAUGAAUGGAUGAGAUGAGGCAGGGAAACAUGAAAAUGCUAAUGAUAUGAUCACAAACUCGAUGAAACUUUCUUUCUAUGACUCGAUGUGAAAGUGGCUGGAAUAGAAGCUAGUUCCAUCCUUGAGAAAAGAUUCAUGACAGUAUAUCUAGUGGUGUAUAUAAAAUAGCAAGAAGAAAGAAUAAAGAAAAUAAGCAAAAUGAAUA